AUGCCAGGGGGAGUUGGACCGGCAUGCAAGAAUCCUGCGUCCUGCCUUGACGUGAAGUCCAGCCGCCGUUCUGCCCAAGAUGGUGAGUACACCCUGUACCCCCUCUCCUUAUGCGGGGACACGCCCUUCCGAGUCUACUGCCACAACAUGUCGUCCGACCACCCGCAGGAGUUCCUCACCCUCCCCGCCGGACCUGACAACAACUUCGCCCAUCGCUACGGGCCCAGACUGCAGUGGAGCGGCGCCAUUUGGUACAGAUGCACCGGGCCGUUAUUCGGCUAUUGGGGAGAAGCCGGGUACACAAAGUUCAGUAAAGUGAGGAUCGCGUUUGAAGAAUCCAAGGUCAGGAUCAUACAAGAUGACCACACCUUUGCCACGACAGAAGGCAACAACUACAUCCCAUACGGGACGGCCGGCGACUGUUACUCCCCCACACAGGGAUGUGCCAAGGGGACGUUUCAGGUGGAUCUAUCCGGGACGGAACUCGUGCUGGCCCCAGGUGUCCAGUGGGGCACGUUUGCUACCUGGCCGGGGGAACUCACCAUCAAUGACAUGUACAUCUCUGAGGAUAGAAAGGUUGCCUCAGCGCGAUGUGGAGGUUGGUGUGGGUACUGCGUGCCGCAGGGAAACUUAACUCUCUCUCAUCCACAGUGCAGAGGGGCGGCGUCCUGUCUCGAAAUGAAGGCCCGUCGUGGUUCAGCCGAGGAUGGCGAGUACACCCUGUACCCCUUCUCCGCCCACCAAGACACAUCUGUCCGAGUCUACUGCCACAACAUGUCAUCCGACAACCCGCAGGAGUUCCUCACCCUCCCCGCCGGACCUGACAACAACUUCGCCCAUCGAUACGGGCCCAGACUGCAGUGGAGCGGCGCCAUUUGGUACAGAUGCACCGGGCCGUUAUUCGGGUACUGGGGAGCAAUGGCUGGCACCACAAAGUUCAGCAAAGUCAGGAUCAGUUUUGAGGACUCCAACGUCAGGGUUAUACUGGAUGACUACACCUUUGCCACGACUGAAGGUAAAUAUGUACCAUACGGGAUGGCCGGGGACUGUUACUCCCCCACACAGGGGUGUGCCAAGGGGACGUUUCAGGUGGAUCUGACCGGGACAGAAUUUGUGCUGGCCCCAGGUGUCCAGUGGGGCAUGUUUGCUACCUGGCCGGGGGAACUCACCAUCAAUGAUAUGUCCAUCUCCGCGGAUAGAACAGUUGCCUCUGGCCGAUGUGGGGGUUGGUGUGGAAACUGUGGGCCGGUGGGGGAGGACUUACUGCUCUCUCAUCCGGACUGGUGAACUAGUUGUACACUACACCUAUAGGGGGGCCCGCAAGCCCUUUUCCGUAGAGCGUAACCGGC